CACUCCGCGGGCUGCUCCGGUGCCACGCUCCAACUGACGCAUCGUCUGUGCCACUCAGCUGCAGAUGCUGGUCAUUUGGGCGCUUAUGUUAGGGCGGGCGAGUUCGCUUCAGCGGUCAUUGUGCCCCGCAAGAUACGGUCCUGCAGGGCGGGGAGUGUCGCAGAGUAGAUCCAGCACUUUCGUCCGUGCCUCAGAUGCGAGCAGUGAGGCAAACUUGAGGCGGCAGCGAGUUUUAAGCGGGGUGCAGCCAACUGGGUCAUUACAUCUGGGAAAUUAUCUGGGUGCCAUCCGGCAGUGGGUUGAGUACCAACACGAAUACGAUAGUCUGUUCUGCGUUGUCGACAUGCAUGCAAUUACUGUCCCGCACGAUGCCAAAACUUUGAGCAGUGAGACGAUGGAUGCCGCAGCGUUGUACAUUGCGGCCGGAGUUGAUCCCGACAUCGCACCUAUCUUCGUGCAGUCCCAUGUGAGCGCACACGCAGAGCUUGCCUGGCUCUUAAAUUGCAUAACUCCGAUAAAUUGGCUUGAGCGAAUGAUCCAGUACAAGGAGAAGAAAGAGAAACAGGGCGAAUUGGUCGCUGUCGGGCUAUUCGACUAUCCAGUCCUCAUGGCUGCUGAUAUACUGCUUUACCAGGCGGGGCUUGUUCCUGUCGGUGAUGACCAACGGCAGCACCUUGAGCUCACAAGGGACAUCGCAAGGCGCUUUCAUGACAUGUACUGUAAGCGAAAGCAAAGAGUCUUUCGUGAACCUAAGGCCUUAAUUGUCAAGGAGGGGUCGCGUGUCAUGUCCCUCACUGAUGGCACCGUUAAAAUGUCGAAGUCCGCACCCCUCGACAACUCACGCAUCAACCUCAGUGACCCACCAGACCUUAUUGCAUCCAAGAUCAAGAAAUGUAAGACCGAUCAAGUCAAAGGUCUCGAGUGGGACAACCCUGACCGCCCAGAGGCCGCCAACCUCCUCAAUAUUUACCAGUCUGUCACUGGUCUUGAACAUGAAGCAAUCUUGCGUGAAGUUUCGGACCUCUCUUGGGGUGCUUUUAAGCCCAGGCUCACUGACGCCGUCGUUGCUCAUCUGGAACCUAUCCAACGUGCAUAUAAGGAAAUCGCUGCUGACCAACAUUACCUAUCACAGACUCUCAAGCAAGGUGCGUACCGAGCUGACGAGAUUGCAACGCGAACCUUGGAUGAUGCAAAGAGCGCCAUGGGCAUCAAUAUCAAGACCAUAUGAGAACCGGCCUCCAUGGAUGCAGCUAGGCUGGAUUCUUUUUCACUGGUCUGAAUCUGGUGAGAUCAUUUGUUCAACAUCUGAGCCCAAAGGGGCCUGCUCCGCACCAGACCCGCUCCCUGCGACCACUGGCGAUUCUUGUAUAACCAGCAGGCUGCAGGCCGCUUACAUGGGUGCUACAUUACCGUCGACAGGGGUUGAAGGCGGAUAGCUACCUAUCUAGCUUGGCGCCCCCACUAGAGCCCUCCAGGUUAGAGAGAAAUACCCCAAACUAGGGUACUAAGGAACGUUGAUAUC